AUGGAGAGCCUCCCAGACAUUAGGACGACAUUUCAGGAUUUUGAUUCACUCGGCGACCUCACCAUGCAAUCGCAACACUUCCUACAUCAGAAAUACGAGGAUAUCAAUUUCUCUUCCCCCGACAUCUUCAACCGACUCUUUCCCGUCUACCUCCCCAUAUCACGCACCUGCUCUCCUCAACACGAAACUGUUCCCCCUCACCAGCGCUCUUCAUACUCAGAACUAUCCGCGAACGUCGCGUUUCUAAAUGGUCUUGAAAAAGACAGAAUCCCUACUCCAUCACGCCCAACGGAACCUCAACAAAGUAGUUCACGUUCCGCAUCUCCCGGAACACCAAAGAUUUCUCUACCACGGCUAAAACACAAGCAGGCGUUUCCUACCGGUGUAAAGCGCGCUCCGAAAGGAAAAAGUGAGCCUCAAAAAAAGCAACAGAUGGCUUGCUUCUUUUGCAGGGACCGUAAGAUUUCGUGUGGGGGGCCAGUUUCUGAGGAUGGUGAUGAUAAGACGUGCAAACAAUGUAAGACUCGGGGGAAGACGUGUCAAUAUGCAGCUGAGUCUCGCCGUGGUCAGCAUCGACGGAUCAAACGCCCCAAAUUAACUGGGGACCUAGAGGAUUGA